AUGGGAAUACAGGAAGGACCUAAUGUCAACGCCGAUGACGAGGCAUUGAAACCGUUUAGGAGAUCCAUAACAAAACAAUCGAUAUCGAGUGAAAUGGCUAUGGAAAGAAUCAACAGAAAAAUUAAGCAACAAUUUUGGAUUAUGCUUGGGACGCCUAAAAAAUCUGAGGAUAUGGACUUCAAUGUUGAAAAGGUGGAGAUUAUGCACUAUUUACCGCAUCAUGGCGUAUUAACUCCAGAUAAAAGCACUACGAAUCUAAGAAUCGUUUAUGAUGCUUCGGCAUACCUUCAAGGAAAGAAGAGUUUGAACGAAGUGCUAUAUCGAGGCCCAAAUGAUGAAUUUAAUGAACGAAUAGCUGAAUAUGAUCAACCAAAGACGAUCAAGAAUAAUUUCCUUGGCAUUAAUUGGAUUGGAUUUCAAAUUAAUUCUUCAACAUUUAUGGAACCAGAACAGGACACCCAAGAAUCAGCUUCAUUCUUAAUAUAUACCAAAUCUCGUAUUGCUCCAAUUAAAGGAAUAUUCACACCAAGACUUAAAUUCGUUUUUGCUGUUCUCGUGAGCGGUGGUGUCGGUUAUUCUCUUUGUCAAUAA